UGCUUAAGCGCCGCGCGCUGCGCGCGGCGGCUGAGUCUAGUCCUCUGCUACUUGCAGUCUUUCUGGUUAGGCGAUUAUAUUCUCGCCAACUUUGAUGAGAGCAGCCGUACUGGAAAGGAUGUCAACACUAUUUUGGGCAGUAUUUCUACGUUCGAUCCCGAUGCCGGCUGUGAUGACACAACAUUCCAGCCAUGUUCAUCUCGCGCCCUUGCCAACCACAAAGUGGUCGUAGACUCUUUCCGCGACCUAUACACCAUUAAAGACGAUGCUGCCGAGGGUACUGCCUGCGCAGUUGGACGCUAUCCCGAGGACACAUACUAUAACGGCAACCCGUGGUUCCUGUGCACACUUGCAGCCGCAGAGUUACUAUAUGAUGCGGUCUACCAGUGGGACAACAAUAGAGAGAUUGUUAUCGAUUCCACCUCGCUAGGUUUAUUCAUCGAUCUCUACAGCAGCGCCGCCACAGGAAUCUACUCGUUCUCAAGCUCCGAGUACACAUCCAUUGUGGAUGCCGUCAAGACAUAUGCCGACGGAUUCCUGACCAUCGUGCAGAACCAUGGCAUGGCAAACGGCUCCCUGUCAGAGCAAUUUGAUAAAUCCGAUGGUGAUGAGUUGUCCGCCCGCGAUCUCACUUGGUCCUACGCCGCUUUGUUGACAGCCAACAUGCGCCGAAACUCUGUGGUUCCUGCUCCUUGGGGUGAGACCACCGCCAGCAGUGUACCGGCAACCUGUGUUUCCACCUCUGCCACAGGACUCUACAGCACAGCCACAGAUACAGCUUGGCCUACUACAUUGACUGGUGGCACUAGCGAAACCACUACUACUACUUCUUCGACCGGCACUACCACUAGUGGAACUAGCACCACUUCCACUUCCACUACCACCAAGACAACAAGUACCAGUACAACCACAACAGCUUGCACAACCCCUAAAACUGUUGCAGUCACCUUCGACUUGAUCGCAACCACAGAGUAUGGUCAGAACAUGUACAUCUCUGGCUCCAUCAGCGCCCUCGGUGACUGGGAUACAAGUGAUGCGAUUGCAUUGAGUGCAGCUGACUACACCUCUUCAGAUAAUCUCUGGUUUGUCACUAUUGACUUCACCGCGGGCGAGUCUUUCGAAUAUAAGUAUAUUCUUGUCGAGAGUGAUGGCACUGUGGUCUGGGCGGAUGGUGAUAACGAAUCUUACACCGUUCCUGCGGUUUGUGGAGAGACGACCGUCACUGUUGAUGAUACUUGGAGUACUAGUAGUUGA